CAAAUGUAUCGCGUGUAAGUGUAACAAAAUAUUGAUAAUUUGUUAUUAAUUAAAACUCUGCUAAUGUAAAUAUAUAUUUCUCAUAGUACUUAAAAAGAAAAUAAAGUUUAUAAUUAUACUAGGUAUUUGUAAAUUUUUGAACUGUAAUAAUAAGCACAAUACUCAGGCUAAACUUGUAUUAAUUUAUUCAUCGUUUUUACUUAAAUUAAUAAGAUAAUUGUGAAAAAAUGAAUUUAUCCGAUCCAUCUGACGAUGGUUCAAGCAGUGAUGAAAGUUCAAUUCCUGCCAAAAGGCGCCGUUCGGACACAUGUGGUGCUUCUUCAACAACUUCUCACGGCUCAGCUCUUCAAGAUUCAGAUGACGAAACAAAGGAAAAAGUCUACUCUGACUGUAAUUCAGAUGUUGGAGAAAGACCAAAAACUAAGAUUAAUUUUGCAGAAAAAACAUCAGAUCGAAAUAAAAGAUUAAGUCAGAGUAGUUUAAGUGAAAAUUGCUCAUCUCCUAAUGAUGGGUAUAAUGAUGACUUUAGACCUGGUUUUGAACAUAAUGAUGAUCUUUCAAUGCGUGCAAGUUUUCAUGCUAACAAUGAAGGAUCAUUUUAUAACAAAAAAGCAGAUACUGAUGGAAAAGAUGAGGCAUUCAAAAGUGAAUAUUCUGAAAAGUCUAAAAGAAUGAUGAGCAACAUGGGUUACAAACCUGGUAGAGGUUUAGGUAAAUUUGAACAUGGUAGAGUUGAACCAGUUGAGGCAUCUACACAAAAGGGUCGUAGAGGGUUGGGCUUGAAACCAUCUCUAGUUGGUGAUGUUCCAAGAGAUUUUAAAUGGUCUCCUGAUGAAGCAAAUGCUGAGGCAAAGGAAGAAGUAAUAUGGAUGCCUACACCACCAGAAGAUACAUUAACAGGAGACAUUCUUGAAGAAUGGUUGAAAAAGGGGUCUAAAAAAUUAAAUAUGGAGGAUGAAACAGAAUUUGUUGACCCAAACAUACUUCAAGGCAUUAUAAAUGCUAAGACAAUAUUUGACACUCUUGAUGAUGAAGAUCUGAGAAAUGCAAGAUUUAGAAGUAAUCCAUAUGAGACCAUUGGAUCUGUAAUAUUUUUGAAUAGAGCUGCAGUAAAAAUGGCUAACAUAGAUGCAGUUUUUGAUUUCAUGUUUACAAAUCCUAAGAAGCAAAAUGGGGAGCCACUUGUUAAUGAUAAGGAAAUUUUAUAUUUUGCUGAUGUCUGUGCUGGUCCUGGUGGAUUUUCUGAAUAUGUUCUGUUUAAAAAGGGUUGGGCGGCUAAAGGAUUCGGAUUCACAUUAAAGGGAGCAAAUGAUUUUAAACUGUCAGAUUUUUAUGCCGGUACUCCAGAAACUUUUAAUACUUUUUAUGGAGUUAAAAAUGAUGGAAACAUAUUUAAUCCAGCAAAUUUGAUGUCUCUCAAGGAUUUUGUUUUGAAUCAAACAGAUGAUAUAGGUGUUCAUUUCCUCAUGGCAGAUGGUGGAUUUUCGGUAACUGGACAAGAGAACUUGCAAGAAAUAUUAUCGAAACAAUUAUAUCUUUGUCAAUGCCUUGCUGCUUUGAUGCUUGUCAGAACUGGUGGACAUUUUGUUGUCAAAUUAUUUGAUGUCUUUACAAAGUUUAGUGUUGGUCUCAUAUACAUAAUGUACAGAUGUUUUGAAAAAGUUUGUAUAUUCAAACCAGUAACAUCAAGGCCAGCCAAUUCUGAAAGGUACUUAGUAUGCAUGUGGAAGAAAUUUGGAACGGAGGCAGCAGAAACACAUCUUUAUUCAGUUAAUUCAAUGCUUUGGAGUGAACUUGAUAGAGGGGAAGAUAUAACUGAGCUUGUUCCCUUGUCAGUGAUCAUGGAAGAUCAAGCUUUCUAUGAGUAUAUAUACAAGAGCAACUGUGUUCUGGGUGAAAAACAAAUAAAGAAUUUAUUAAAACUAGCUGAAUUUAGUAAAAAUAAAGAUUUGAAAGAAGCUUGCCAAGCUGACAUGAGAGAACAGUGUCUGGAAUUGUGGCAAUUACCAGAUAAAGUAAGAACUCAACCUGAGCGUCGAGGUCCUGAUGAUACAAUGCUCAGUUUGCUGAGCAAAUUACGAAAUCCACCACCUGAUUCCAAUAAUGCAUUUGCAUUUAAAAAUGCUGUAUUGAAUAAACAACCGCAAUACAUUGAAACCGUAGGUGACUUGGGCUUAUUAAAGAAUGCUUAUGAUUGGCAUUUAACAUUCCUUACAAGUGGUAAAGGCAGUCAAGAUUUAAGAAUGUUUAUUGGUUGCGGCGGUAAACGUGUCUACCAAUUGGAUGGAACAAAUUGGAAAAUCGUUGCUGAUUUACAAAUUACCCUACCUGCAAAUACAUUACUUUAUGGAGAGAUAGUGAAAGAAUUUCGUGGUCAAGGUAGUAAGCAAAUGCACACUAAAGCUCUACAUGUGAUUGAUGCUCUUAUACUGGGCGGAAAGGAUAUAUCAUAUUUGCCACUAAGUGAUCGGAUAAAUAAAUGUGCUCUAUUUUGCACAGCAUUGGAAAAACCAUUUGAUGGUCAUACUUUGCCAAUACGCUGUAAGCGGUUUUUCAAUUUGGAAUCAUUUUCGUCUGCUGUAGCCAAUUUAGAAUAUCGAUCCAUGAAAAGGAUAAAGCAAGCUGUUACCAUAGACAUACCAAAAAGAAAUCAUAGGAAUGACAUGUUUUAUGUUGUUGGUUCUGUACUAUUUAUAAAAGAAAUUAGAGAACCAUGGUCUGGACAGAUGUCUAAAUCACAUGGGAAAAAAUAUUACUUUCGCAUCGGUAAAGACGGAAAGCCCAAAAGUGAUUUCUUCAUUCCCAGCGACGCCGCGUUAGAUAUGAUUUCUGCAUACAAAAACAGAGUCAUGUGGCCAUGGGAAGAUGCGGCCAGUGCCAUAUUCGAUAGCCACAUAAAAACGGGCUUGUCCAGAAUGGAAAUGGAAGAAUAUAUAGCUCGUAACAUUAAAAGAUAGUAUAAUUGGAACCUUAAUAAACUUUUUUUAAUGUG